AUGGCUGGACCUCAUGCACACGCUUACAUAGGAUGGUGGGGAAAAAUGGGUUCCCCAAAACAAAAGUAUGUUAAACAAUACUUUGUUUCCCCAUACGCUACCAAACCAUUCAAGGAUAACUUAAACAGAGCUUUCUACAACAGUUUCAGAAGAUUCAAAAACCAAAUUUUCUUCCUUGUCGUUCCUGGUGCCAUCAUUUGGAACAUCUGGACCAGAGCUAGAGAUUACAAUGAAUAUCUUUACACCAAAGCUGGUAGAGAAGAAUUAGCUAGAGUCAAUGUUUAG